AUGUCGUUCAACUCAGGUUCUCCGGAUGGACCCAACAACACUCCUCCCAGCGAAAAUUCUCCGAACAGCGGCGCACCCACAGCGCCCGCCUCCGCACCCCGCGCUUCCCUGGAUUCGUCGAGAAGUUGCGUGACCUGUCGCCGCCGCAAAGUCCGCUGCAACAAGCGGUCCCCAUGCUCCAACUGCGCCAGAGCUGGCAUCGAUUGCAUAUUUCCUCCUCCGGGCCGUGCCCCGCGCAAGUCAAAGCGUCCACCUGAUGCAGAACUUCUCUCCCGCCUGCGCCGCCUCGAGGGCGUGAUCGAACACUUGAGUGGGAAGAAUGGGGAGGAACAGAGCCCGGAAUCGCUGCUUAAUGUUUCAGCCAAUACAGCAGUGCCAGCCACCAGCAAUACAACCACAAAAGUCGUCGUGGGAACCGCCGCUGCGCCCACUGACGCGAAGGAUGGAACGGAUUGCCCGUUCGCAGACUCGGAUCCCAAGAAGAUUGCAUCUCACAAGUUUGAAAAUGAAUUCGGAAGGCUAGUGAUUGACGAGGGCAAGAGCAGAUAUGUGAGCAAUCGGCUUUGGGCCAGUCUGGGCGAUGAGAUUGAAGAGCUACAAGAUAUCCUUGAUCCGUCAGAAUCGGAGGGCGAAGAUUACCCAUCGCCCGAGUCUUCCCAGUCGGGCUCCCACGAUAGCUUUCUUUUCGGCUUCUAUUCUGUCGCACACUCCCUCCGCGAGUAUCAUCCUCCCUUGCAACACGUGUCUAAACUAUGGGACGCAUAUAAAGAUAAUGUCGCGCCCCUGGUCGUCAUACUCCACAGACCAAGUGCCAGAAACUUAUUGAUAGAAGCCGCGCGAUCGCCCGAAAACCUCGAUAAAAACUCCGAGGCGUUAGUUUUCGCCAUAUACCUCUCCGCGAUCGUGAGCUUGAAGCCCGACGAAUGUGUAUCGUUGCUUGGUGAAGACAGAGCUACGCUGGUAAGACGGUAUCGCUUCGCCGUUGAGCAAGCACUGGCAAGAGCAAACUUCUUAAAUACGCAAAGCAUGGUUCUUCUACAGGCGGCGGUCCUUUUCUUGACUUCCAUCCGACGAGAAGACGACUCUAAAUUCAACUGGUCUAUGGAUGGGCUGGUAGUGAGGAUUGCUCAGGGCUUAGGCCUGCAUAGAGACGGUACAAACUUUGGCCUGAAACCGUUCGAGACCGAGAUGCGCCGUCGGUUGUGGUGGCAUAUCUGUCUCAUGGAUAUUCGCUCGUCUGAGGACCAUGGAUCAGAUCCGUUAAUCCACGAGAACAUGUUCGAUGUUCGACUCCCCUUGAAUGUUAAUGAUGAAGACCUGUAUCCUGAAAUGGUUGAACCUCCUCAAGAACGGGUAGCCUGCACCGACGUGACAUUCUGUCUCAUCCGCUGCGAGAUUACCGGGGCCUUGCGCCGUGCAAACUACACUUGCCCAGGGAAGCAGCUCGCUGCUCACCAAGCCCCCUCAACCGACCGCUGUGAGAAGAUGAUCCAGCUCCUCAGCGGCCGCAUUGAAGAGCGUUAUAUUCAGUAUUGCAAUAUGGAUGUUCCAAUUCACUGGGCAUCGGCCACGGUGGCACGACUUAUCCUGGCUAAAUUGUGGCUGAUCAUUCACCAUCCUAUGACACGGAAGGACCGCCAAGCCAAUCUUCCCAAGGCCACCCGCCAUAGCCUUUUCAUGACCUCCAUUGAACUCCUCGAGUUUGGCCGCUUAUUAGAGACUGACCCCAAGACCGCAAGGUGGGGUUGGCUAUUCCGUUGCAACGUCCAGUGGCAUGCGGUCGCAUUUGUUCUGUCCGAGAUCUGUGUCCGUCCGAUUUGCCCCGUCACCGAUCGCGCCUGGAACGCCGUGAACGGGAUUUAUUCGGAUUGGAAAAUUCAGGGAAAUACUAAAAAGGGCAUGCUGUGGCGUCCGUUGGACGCGUUGAUGAAACGCGCGAAAGCAACAAGAAUCAGACAACAAGAAGAAUUGCGCCUAAAAUUCGGACCUCAUAUUUCGCCAACAGACUUCACCCCAGUCUCGGGCAACCUCCACCCCCUUCCGCAGAUCCACAUGCCCGAAUCUGCAGAGCCGCCGCCUUACGAAGUCAAUCAGAAUAUGGAGAAGCUGUCCGCUUUACCUCCUACUGUUUCGAGUAUCGACCUGGGUGGGCCAUGGCAGACGCUGCAGAACAUCUUCCCAGAUACGAACAUUCUUGCGCCGGUUGAAAAUGACAUCUCAACUCUGCCGAUGCCUGAGCCUGCAUCUAGCAGCAUUCUUCCCUCGGGACUAUCGUUCAAUGAUCCUAUAAACACCUCUUUCGACGCUCCGGAAGCCGUAGCUGACCAAACACAGUUGAGCUGGGAAGAAUGGGACCAGGUCAUGCGUGAUUUCCAGCUGGACGUUGAAAACGACGGUUCGACCACCGCGCAGAAUGCUAAUGUCACUGAAUGGUUUGUGUGA